AUGAUGUUACCGAACUUGGUUAGUUAUUUAAUAGAAAAUGAGACCAUAUUAUUAUCAGAUCCAAUUAAUGGAGAACUACGCGAUAUUUACAUCUUAUAUAAAGAGAUCUGCAAUAGUAAUAAUAUGAUAUGUAGUUAUGCAGAUUUUGUAUCUAUGAUUGAUGAAAUACAAAAUUUAGCCAAGGAAUCAUUAUAUCUAUCCAAAACCUGGGAAAGUCAGGUAUCAUGUACCAAUAAGGACGAUAAUUAUAAUAACAAUUGUAACACCGAGCAAAACGGAUACAAUAAAAUAAGUGGCAUAGAUCUAAUCAAUUUAAAAAUAUUAUACAAUAAACUAACACGUGGUAAUUACUAUGAAUAUGAAAAGGGAAAACAGUCUAAAAAUAAUAAAAUUACGGCUGACACAAACCCAACGUCACUACUGGAUACUUUGGAGAAACUUGUUAGUGAUGAUAGUGAGUUAUAUACCACCAGUCCAAAUGCACAAAUGUAUUGUAAGAUGUAUGAAUUAUUGUACAAUAACAAACCGUUUUCAUAUAAAUUAGCAAAAGAGCGUAUACUACAUACUGAGACACCGCAAGCUUAUAAUCCUAUUUGUAGUGAUAGGGAACAUAUAACAAGAUUAACCUCCAUGGUAACAAUAAUAGAUAACCAGGUUUAUGAUGUAAAUUGGGGUGGUAGCAGCGAUUCUAUGCUGUAUGAGUUGCGUAAAUGUUGUUCUACACAUAUCCAUUACAUACCUAAUUACAAACCGCAGACAGAUGUGAAUAUAGGUGAUUGUUCAUAUUUAGAUACAUGUCAUAAGUUGAAUAGCUGUAGAUAUGUUCAUUAUAUACAAUUGUAUCCUAAAGAUAUGCAUGGUAUUUCCGGUGAUGUUAAUGUAGCGUCUUCGCCUCUCUUGUUGUAUACGCACGGACAGAACUGCUAUGGUUCUGAUAAUGGCGAUAAUAAUAAUAAUAAUAAUAAUAAUAAUAAUAGUGGCAUUAAACCUUUACUACCCAAACAAUGGAUUAAAUGUGACAUAAGGAAGUUUGAUUUCAACAUCUUGGGCAAAUUCAGUGUGGUUAUAGCAGAUCCAGCAUGGAAUAUACAUAUGAAUUUGCCGUACGGAACAUGUAAUGACAACGAGUUAUUGAAUUUGCCAUUAGAUACCUUACAAGACGAGGGCGUUAUAUUUCUAUGGGUUACAGGGAGGGCCAUUGAGUUGGGCAAAGAAAUUUUAGGUAAAUGGGGGUAUAAAGUGAUGAACGAAAUCAGUUGGAUUAAAAUUAAUCAGCUAGAAAGGACUAUUGUUACAGGAAGAACUGGACAUUGGUUAAAUCAUUCCAAGGAGCAUUUAUUGGUUGGUUUAAAGGGAAAUCCUAUGUGGCUUAAUAGACAAAACGAUUUGGAUAUAAUAGUUUCGCAUACGAGAGAAACAUCUCGGAAGCCUGAUGAACUAUAUGGUAUGGUUGAAAGAUUGGUAGGAUUACACGCUAGAAAAUUGGAAAUAUUUGGUAGGGAUCAUAAUACCAGACCCGGUUGGUUUACUAUCGGUAACCAAUUAAAUGGGACUUGUAUUUUUGAAAUGGAUGUUAAAUUGAAAUAUGAGAAAUGGCAAAGGGAGAGCACAACCACUGUUGGUAAUAGUAAUAGCACUCGUAGUUUUUGUAGAUAA